AAUGAGAAAAAUUAAGUUUGCAAGCUGCAUGAAAACCAGAGAGAGAGAGAGUGGGAAAUGAAUAUGCAUGUGGCUAAAAUUGUAGCAUUGAAUUAGGCUUGGAUUCUUUCAGGCAUCCACAGCCUGCCCCAUACAGACAUUAGCAAAUCACUUAAAAACUUGUUUCUUCAUUCAUAACCCAGCAAUUUCUCUCUUACAGAGAGGUGCAAGACUUAGCUGAGUCACAGCUGGUAAAAUCUAGUGGGCAAGUGCUGCAGAAAGCUUCAUCCCACCACGUUGGCAAAGCUUCCUGAGGGUGUAGUGGUGAGUUCAGAGCACUGUGAGGUUCAGGCAGAGCUGAGGUCAGGGACAGCGAGCACCAACCUUGCUGUAACUGAGUGUCAAGGCAGUAUGGAGCAGAAGGAAGGGUUUUGCAGCAGCUUCCCUCCUGCACUGUGCUCCCUCCCAUAUGCCAGUGCAGUGUGCUGUGCUGUUGGCAUGAGGCAUGGGUAGUGAGUGUGAUCUGUGCUCCUUUGCAAAUGCUGUUCAAGAGGUGCCCUCAUAACCUCUCAGCUUUGUGCAGCUCUAAGCAGCAGCUGUCUUUGCUCUUUUCCAGGAUUGAACUGAGCUGUCACUACAGAACAAAACACUCCUGAGGCUAGAUUGGUCAGUUAGGAGACAUUCUGAUUACCUCCAGCAAGGGCAUAGCUAACAGAGGUACUGUUUCUUUAUCUAAAGCUAAUUUUAAUGCCUAACAAGAAGCAGAGGCUUAAAGCAUCUCUGCCCCACUCCUAAUGACAACAUGGAGAAACUCUCCAGAAACUUAGAAAGCAGAACAAAGAGGAGAGUGGGAAGCUGAUGGGAAAAUGUGUCAUGCUGCCAUGGUAUCAGAGAGUGUAUGUUCUUGAGACUUUAAAAAGUCUGCUUUGAGACUGUUGGUGAGUUUUUGUUGCAGCUCCAGCUCUGGGACUGUGGGAAGGCGGAGAGGCAGUCAAAGACCAGUUUUGCUCCUGGAAUGAUUUUUUGCUGUAGCCAAAGGGAGGCUGCACCCAAGAUAAGUUUUCUCAGAGACAGGACACAGACAAAUGUUGCUAGACCAGGAGAGGAAGCAAGGAGGCUUUUGACUGCACAGACUCAGCGAGGCCUGGAAGAUGUUCAGCUGGUUGGAGGGAAGUCAUCCAGCUUUGGUGACUUCUCUUUUCUCAGAAUUCAUUGUGGCUGUCCUGCACAUGUGUCAGCAGCUCUGGCACCAGCCUCGCCGCUGCUGAGCCCUCCAGUCUGCUUCCUCGCCGCUCUAUCAGCGCAGCUGCUGCCUUCUGUAGGUGAGCUGCGAAGGCGCAGGUGGGAGAUGUGUUCCUGCAGCUGAAGGACACUUUUGCUUUCUCAGCCUGGUCGGGUUGUUGGUUUCACACAGCCCCCGCUGCUGUAGCGGCUCAGAGCCUGCUCCUUGGAGUUCUGGUCUGGGAUUUUUGGGGACGGACCAGCACGGCUCCUGAGCGCCCCCCCCGCCAGCAUGCAGGAAGAAGAUAACGAUGAGGCCUGCUGGAACGACCUGGAGAGCUUCCGUGUGAAGCUGAUCUCUGUGAUCGACCCCUCGCGGCUCACUCCCUACCUCCGCCAGUGCAAGGUCCUCAGCCACGACGACGAGGAGCAGGUCCUCAACGACCCCAGCCUGGUCAUGCGCAAGCGGAGGGCAGGUGUCCUUCUGGACAUUCUUCAGCGAACAGGACACAAGGGGUUUGAGGCGUUUCUGGAGAGUCUUGAGCUUUAUUAUCCACAACUGUACAAGAAAAUAACUGGCAAGGAGCCCAGCAGGGUUUUCUCUACGAUUAUAGACACUGCUGGGGAGUCGGGCCUGAGCCAGCUCCUGAUGAACGAGAUCACGAAGCUGCAGAGCACGGUGCAGGAGGAGCGGCGGAAGGCGCAGGAGCUGGCCGUGUGGCUGCGCAGCAAGGAGGACACCAUCCGAGAGCUGUGGGUGAGGGACAGUCUGCUCCGCAAGCACCAGGAGCGGGCACAGAAGAUGAGGGAGGAGAGGGACAGCCUGAGCAGGGAGCUGCGGAAGUGCAAGGACGAGAACUACAGCCUGGCAAUGAGCUACGCCAGGCAGAGCGAGGAGAAGAGCACUGCCCUCAUGAAGAACCGGGACCUGAUGCUAGAGAUCGAUCACCUGAAGCACAGCCUCAUGAAGGCUGAGGAUGACUGCAAGCUGGAGCGUAAGCACAGCAUGAAACUCAAACAGGCCAUAGAGCAGCAGCCCAGUCAUGAGGUGGUGUGGGAGAUCCAGCAGGAGAAGGAGCUGCUCUUGGCCAAGAAUCAGGAGCUGGAGAACACUCUCCAGCAGGUUGCCAGGGAACAGAACUUGGAGAAGAGCCUCUCCACUAAGACUCUGGAGAAUGGCUGCAGCCAGAUGCUAGAAGAACGCCAGGAGCUGCUGAACACCAUUUACAACCUUCGCAAGCAGCUGCAGAGAGCUGAAGUGUGGCAGGACAAAUAUGCAGAGGAAAAAGAGAUGCUUGAACUACAGUGCACGUCUCUGAGGAAGGACUCCCAGAUGUACAAAAGACGGAUUGAAGCUGUCUUACAGCAGAUGGAGGAAGUGGCUUUGGAAAGAGACCAGGCACUCCUGACUCGAGAGCAGUUCUACACCCAGUACUCCAAGAGCCUGGUGGAGAGAGAUGCUUACCGCAAGCAGAUCCGGGAGCUGGGGGAGCGAUGUGAUGAAAUGCAACUGCAGCUCUUCCAAAAGGAGAGUCAGUUACUGGCUACUGAAGCCAAGCUGAAAAGGUUGCAGCUGGAGCUACCCGCACUGACCUCUGACCUGGAUGAUACUUCCUCCAGAGAUUCCCAGGAGCUUACUCUUCAUGGUCAUCUAGAUGAAGAUACACAACCAGCUAAAGAAGGUUACCCUGAAGGACCAACCCAGCAAUUUAGCACUCGAGAGAACAGUCUGCCUCCAAAGUCACCCAAUGAGUGUGGCUUAGCCAACGAGGACCUGGCACAAAAGGAGAGGAGGAGGAUGAAGGACUGCUUUGAGCGCUACCGAAGAAAAAGAGCCAUGAGAAGGGUACCAAAGGACCAGCACCACGAGGCAGACUGGGAGAACACCACUGGCAGUGACAACACUGACACUGAAGGCUCCUGAGAGCAGGACUGAGCUGUGGGCAGCACCAGCCUGGCCUAGAGGCUGCCCUACCCCCUCUGCCUUGCUCUUUCAGUGGACUUGAGCUUUUUAAACCCAUCUAACAAAAAACUCGGGGCAAGUUGAUGUUUCCAAGGGGCUGCUACGUUUUCACAUUUGCCAUCCCUUCAUCCGUGUGUCUCUUUGAAAGGCAGGGAUGUGAGAGGUGUGGAUUGAAGGGCAGGGAUGUGGAUGUGUGGAUUGAAAGGCAGGGAUGUGGAUGUGUGGAUUGA